AGACAUUUUGUUUUCUUUUAUUCUUUUAAGUCUUUGCACGUUGCAUGUGUCAAGACGCAGUUGAACAUUUUCUUUCAUGUAAAAAAUUACUUCUUCCAUAUUGAAAAGAAAGGUAAAGCCAGUUAAAAAAAAAAUGAGUUAUGAACAGCAACCAAUGCCACCGCAUGCGCAACAGCAAAUGGGAUUAAAUCCCGGGUAUAAUAUGUAUCAACCGAUGCCGGCAAAUAUGCAUCCACAUCCACCGUAUCCACAAUUCAUCCAACCGCUGGCCAUGCCGAUCCCACCCAAUAUGGCCAUAGUCAUGGCCCCACAACCUGUACUGAUGCCACAUGUGAUGGUGCCACUGCCACUGCAACCACCAGCAAUGCAAAACAUGCCCCACUAUUCGUUCCCAUACAACAACGGCAAUCAUGUUCAUCACAAUAAUAAUGCCCCAAGCGCUGCUCAGAUGAACUUGCGACUUCAGAACGAGGCAACCACGUCGCCGCCUGAGCAGUCAAUGCCAAAGAUGAAGCCGGAACCGAAAAAGCCAGAGCCGAUGCCGAUGCCGACGCCAAAGGCAAAGCGAAACUUGGUCUUGGAGCUAACUGCGAAUUGUGUGGUACCGAAAAAUAAGUCCGUCGAGGGUUUGCUUUAUGAUCCCGAAUUCCUGGACGCUGCACAAUUGGAGGCCAACAAUUACCUGAUGGCAGACAACUGGUAUGAUGAUUAUGAUCAUAUGCGAGACACCACUCCACCGAUCGAGGGCGUGUGCUUCCACAAUCCGUUCUAUAGCACUGAACCCAAGAUACCGAAGAAGCCGAGGCACCAUCGCCAACAUCAUCCGAGCCCGGUGCCGUACACCAAGCCAUCGCCAUCGGGAGCACUGGCCCAAGGAUUGCCGCAGUUCCCUUCGCCCUCGGGAUUGCCGCAGUUCCCUUCGCCCUCGGGAUUGCCGCAGUUCCCUUCGCCCUCGGGAUUGCCGCAGUUCCCUUCGCCCUCGGGAUUGCCGCACUUCCCUUCGCCAUCGCUAUCGCCAUCGCCAUCGCACUGGCAGCUGCCAUCGCUGCAUCGUUUGAUCAAUGCCAACGAUGUCAAUGGUCAUGGUCCCUCCAUGACUCCCUGGACCGAGUCAGAGGAGCAAUGGCACAUCAAUGGAUUGGAAGAAGAGCGCCAGCAGCAGCAGCAAGAAGCGAAGAAUCAGAAUCAACUAGAUGAACUGGAGCUGGAUGCGACAACAGCUGCAUUUGAGGCAAUGCAGUUUCCAGGCAACAAUGCUGCUGCGGCACGUUCACGUCGCCAGAGACGCAAUCGCUGCCGCGGCCUAACCCAAUCCUUUGGCAUUGUGGCGCCCGUUUUACCCAACAACUCGGGCAAUCGCAGCAACAACAAUAACCAGGCUGUCAACGAUGUGAUGUCCUUGUUCGAUGGCAAGCCAGUCGAAGAGAAGAUGCCACCAGCUGCUGAGGUCAAUCCGAACAAUGGACUGCCGGAGCAGGAGCAAGGCGAGUGGCCGCUGCUCUUCAUCCCGAAUCGUUCAGAAGGGAAUGUGAAGUCAACUUCAACUCCAGCGCCAGCCAAAGCUUCUAUAUAAAACUAUAAAGCUUCAAAAUGAAACAAAACCCAAACUCAGGCCUAUAAAUCAUACUUCGAAAGGAAGAAACCCAGAACACGAAAAUCAAAACAUAAAAAAGACCAAACAAUACAAUACUAUAUA